AUGUCAAAUGCGAGGACAUAUUUGCCAUAUGUGAUCGAACUACACAAUAAAAGCAUAAAGUUUAACAAGUACACUCCAAGUAAUUCAGACUUAUUAAAUCAUACGAACUUAAAUUCAAAUGAAGAAGAUUCACAAAAUAAAUUUAAAACUUUUCCUGUCUUAAAGAACCUAAAAAACAAUAAAAUUCUCGGAAUAUACCACCUUCCCAAAGUAAAAUGGGACGAUGACUCAAUGACAAUGGGAGCUGGGCUGAAUAACCCAGGAAUCAACAUCUGUUAUAUGAACGUAAUUAUCCAGGUGUUGACACAUACUCCCUUUUUAGCCUCGUCUCUCCUAAAGUCAUAUCACUCUAAAACAUGCUCACAUUAUGAGAAGGAUAUAUUUUGUAUUAUGUGCUUAUUUGAAAAUUACGUGAAACAAUCAUUCGAAUCACCGAAUCCGCUGAAUAAUCCGUUUUACUCCAUCGCAAAAAAAUUUAUAUGGGCCAGAUUUAAGCUAGGCCACCAAGACGACGCCUUCAUAUUCCUGAAACACUUUCUAGAUUCUCUCUCAAAAGCAUGUUAUUUAAACUCGCACGAGUCUGAGAAACCUGAAGAUGAGUCUGAAGGUCAGUCUAAACCAAAGGAUUUUAUUUCUAACGACCAAAUAAUGUCCACAGUCAUAGGGUGUUUGUUUGGCGGGUAUUUUAGAAAUGUAAUUGUAUGUAAUAACUGCUCACGAAAGUCAGAGAAGGUUGAAGAAUUCUUCGAUUUGGCUGUUGAGGUCACGAAAAGUAAUAGGCUAAUAGAUUUAUUGUCAGAGUUUGUUUUGCCAGAAAAGUUAACCAACGAUAAUAAGUACUUUUGUAGUAAUUGCAAGGGUUACCAGAACGCAAACAAGUCACUUUCAAUAUAUAAAGCACCAAGAAUAUUAAACAUUAAUCUGAAACGGUUUAAUUUAUAUUCUAACGGCUACAAAAAAUCAUUGAAGGCCAUUGAGUUUCCACAACUCUUGUCAAUCUCACUCAAGUCAUCAGAGGAUUCAUAUACCUGGUUGAACUAUGAUUUAUACGCAAUUGUAUGUCAUAUUGGAAAGUCACUUCACAUGGGACACUACAUAACCUUUAUUAAGGGGAAACACGGAUUCUGGUACCGUUUUGACGAUUCAAUAAUUCAGUGUGUUUCAGAGUCAACAGUAUUAUCACAUAACAACGACGUUUAUCUAUUAUUCUACUCCAUUAACAAUGAAUCAGUAGGAGAUUGUGAUACAGCACUAAAUCUGUACUCCUAUAGUAAUAUUUUAAAGGAAUCUCAAUUCUCAACAUCAGAACGCGUUCCACCUCCUGAACCUAAACAGUCUGAAAUUGAUAUACUGUCAAAUUUUGGUGGAAACACAAUUUUUAAACGAUUUCUUAGGCACAGAAAGUUUAAAAGCUACAAUUUAUUAAACAUUAAACGUCUGUCAAAAAUUGAAAGUAUCAAUAAUUUGAAAAUGAAAAUCAAUUCACUAGCCAAAAUGAAUAAAGCAAAUAGUGAACAAACACAAAAAUCCAAUCAAAAUAAAAAAGAAUCGGACCCUAUUGACGAUUUAGAUGAUCAUCUAAAUCCCAAUCUAAGUCAUAACCUAAACGAAGAGUCAAAUGAUAAUGAUACAGAUUUAAAUAACGAAGUUAAAUGUAGUUUAAAACACACAUCGUUCAUUGAUGCUAUUGGAGAUGAAAAUGAAGUGGCAGAAGUUGAGCUCUGGUCUGACGCCGAGGACUUAGAAACGUACAAGAAACUCUAUGAACAAAUCGACCCCGACUUGCCAAAGCCUACAGAAGAAGAUUUAGAGUAUGACAGAGGUAAAAUCCACAAAUCCAAGAACAGGAAUCACCCAAGUUCCUCAAGUGUUGAGCUAGUUAACCACCAUUCAGGUGUUAGUGUCGAAGUUGAGCAGAAGAAUAUAUUCGAUAACACGGUGGUUCCACCCAAGAAAAGUAAAGAAAAUCUCAAAAAGUUCAAUAAUACAAAUUAUCUCCACACACCUACAAUGUAAUCUUAUAUUUCCCA